AUGGGAAAGUCAGUGCUCUUUGUUGGCUUUCUUCUUGUCUUCCUUGGCCUGGCUCUGCCAGGCACCCAGGCGAAAGUCUUCUCCCGAUGUGACCUGGUGAAGACCCUACGUGGUCAUGACUUUGAGGGCUUCGUGGGCAAAACCGUAGCUGACUGGGUCUGCCUGGUGAAACAUGAGAGCAGUUACAACACUGAAGCUGUUAAUAACAAUGGUCCAAGCAGGGACUAUGGGAUCUUUCAGAUCAACAGUAAAUACUGGUGUGAGGAUGGCAAGACCACUGGAUCCAAGAAUGCCUGUCGUAUCAGUUGCUCAA